AUAGUGAUUAAACCCGUUGCUGAAGCGAGAGCAUCAUGUAAAAGCAGUCUGUCUCUAGUCCACAUUUCGGACCAUGGCCCCUUAUAUUGUUGAUAUAGGACCAUGAACUAAGAUUAAUUUAAACUUAGAUCUUUAAUCUUAAACUUAAAUUAAUCUUAGUUCAUGUAUAGGACUGGCCUAUUCGUGUUUCUAUUACUAUCUACGUGUUCUACAUUUUUUUUCUUAUCUAUUGAAAGAGGAGCAACGCCCGUGGGCGUACGCAACAUUUUGUCAUAUUUUAAAGCAGCUGACUGCUGACGUCACAUGAUGUACGAAACGAGAUGUUUGUUGUAGACAAAGCAAGACGGGUGGUCGGGUACCCGUGCGACCAUUUUGGAUUUUGGCGUCCAUCGACCGCGAUUCUAACCGUUCGAUUGUUCGAUUUACUUUAUUCGAUAGACGUAUCCGUGUAUAAUAUUAUAGGAAAGUCUUACGAUAUUUACACGACUAGAAUCGAAUGAACGAUAGUUAGAUACUAGAUAGGAAGCCGAUGACGGACCACGGACCACAGGCGUCGGUAUUUCGGCAAUGAAAUAUGGAUCACUUACGAGUUAAACAACUAGUUAUUAAUACGUAGUGAAUUUUAAUUUUUAUGUGAGUAAAUGUGUUUUGAUUAAUAUUUCUUGACGUUACAUUUGAAUCCGGUGUGAUCACGACGUUAUACAUUGUUUUCUACUGUUCGAUUAUCCAUCAUCAGCUUGAAAAUUAAUUUUAAAGAAAUACUGUGAUACUAAAAUGGAGUAUUAUUCCACUGGCCUAACUAAUAAAAGUAGAUCUAAUAAGAAAUCUAAUUCUGGAUAUGAUACAAAUGAUGAAGAUGAAGACAAUGAUGAUGAUGAUGAUGAUGAUGAUGAUGAUGAUGAUGAUGAUGAUUGUGUUGCUGUUGAUAAAGGAGGGAAACAAACAUUACCUGCCUGUAUAAGACUAUUAGCAGGAAAUAUAUGUGCUAUAGAUGAUGAACCAUGGACAGUUGAAGAAAGUGAUGACUUCAGGGAAGAUAAUUCAGAUAAUCCACAAAUUUUAUCUCAAAAAACAGUUGGUAAUAAGCAAAAUCAAAAAUCUAGUUCUGCAAUUUCAAAAACAUUUCCCUGUGUUAAAGAAACAGAAGAACAAUUACAUCUAAAAAAUAAUCAUGUUGAAAUGUUCAUCAAUUCUGAACUAGGUAAAAUAUUUGAAAAUAUUUUUGAUUCAGAUAAUGCCUUAAAUAUAGAACAAUUACAAGUAGAGGAGAAAUCUGAAUUGAGUAAAAAGUUAAUUGUUGAUGAAAAUAUAAAUAAUGAACUGGCCUUGAAUGAAAGCAAUAACACUACAAGGAAUGCUAUUGAUAUUGCUGGUAUAUCUUGCUCUACAUCUUUACCUGUCCUACCUGGUCCUUCAUAUUCGACUGACCUACCUGGUCCCUCACAUUUGACAGACAUACCUGGGCCUUCAUACUCAACCAAGCUACCUGGUACCUCAUACUCAACUGAGCUACCUGGUACCUCAUACUUAACUGAGAUACCUGGUACCUCAUACUCAACUGAGCUACCUGGUACCUCAUACUCAACUGAGCUACCUGGUACCUCAUACUCAACUGAGCUACCUGGUACCUCAUACUCAACUGAGAUACCUGGUACCUCAUACUCAACUGAGAUACCUGGUACCUCCUACUCAACUGAGCUACUUGGUCCCUCACAUUCGACAGACACACCUGGACCUUCAUACUCGACUGACUUAUCUGGUCCUUCUUGCUCUACAUUUUUAUGUGAUCCUUCAGGUUCAAAUGAUUCAAAUAUAAAAAAAGACAAUGAAAUGGAAAAUUUAAUAAAUAAAAUUUACAAUGAUUUUUUUAGAACUAUAGAAACAUCAAAAACUAAUACUGAUACAAAUCAAGAUUGUUCAAAAUUCCCAAAAUUAAAUGUUAACAAUGAAAAUGACGGGAAUUUUGAAUGUUUUCAGGAAGAUCCCGAUAUUGUUAACCCUGAAAUUAUGUAUAAUAUUGAUCUUAAUGAACAUUACAAAUAUAUGGAUCUAUUAGUUCAAAAAAUUGAAAAUGCAACUACUAAACAAGCAAAACAAACAGUAUUAAAUGAAUGUAUGCAGCUUAUGCCAAUUCCUCAAACUGAACCAGAGCCCCAAGUAUUUACUAAAGAGGAACGUUUAAAAUUUGCAAGAGGCAUUUGUGAAUGGGAGUAUAAAAUUGAUCGUGAUGAUUGGGAUAAAAUAAUGUUCAAACGUGCAGUUAUAUUUACAGCUCAUGCUGGAUUUGAUGAAUCGAAUGAAGAAAGCUUGCAAGUGUUAUCUGAUAUAAUUAUUCAUUAUAUAAAAGAGAUUGCCAUUAUAAUGAAAAAGAAUUUUGAUAUCCAAAUUAAAAGCUCUUGUCCAGACGAAAUUGAUCCAAUUAAUAAUUGUCUUCAAGAGAUUGGUAUGAAAGGUGGUUUAAGAGAACUGAUCCAACAUUAUAAUGAUGAUAUAUUUGGUAGACGUAAAGCAGUAAUGAAUAAAUGUAAAGAAUUGCAAAAGAUUAUUGACAAGUUUGUUGAACAAGCCAAAAAUUCACUUUACGAUAAGACUGAUGAAGAAAACUUAACAAAUAAAGAAAUUAUUAGCGAAGAGAUUUCGAUAGAUGAAGAAAACAAAACUGAAGCUGAAGCAAAAUCAUCUGCAGAAGGAAAUACUAUUAUUCAGCAAAAUGUUGAACAUCUAGAUGAUUGACAGUACAAUUUAUUAAGUUAAUUUUAUUGAAUAAAUUAAAUCAAUAUUUUAUAAAAUCAUAGUAAGUAAAAUAUUAUAUUAAAUUAUAUAAUGACAUUUUUACAAAAA